AAAACGACACCAUUUAGUAGCAGCCUAGCAGCCUCUUGUUGGUCUUUUAUUUCUUCAUAUGAAACCUUCGAACGUGCCGAAGACCGAGGAAGUUUCCAUUUGAAUAAUUCAGCCUUUUCAACCAAGAAAAUUCGCCAAACGCAAACAAUGCCUCAGCUUUCACCAAAUCAAAGUCGCAAAAUCUUCCUAUGAUCUUCUUUUCAAAACUAUUACAAAUCAGCUUCAAACGAUUCUACACAUUUUAGCUUAUAUAUAGCCCCUCUCUCUAAUCUAAAUCCCAACAUUACAAUGAUAAGGUUUUGCGUUUUUGGCGCUUUCUUGUUGUACCUAGUUGCUUCUCCCGUUUCCGCCGGUUUCUACCCCAACGGCUCAGCUAUUCCGCCGGAUCUCCGCCGUAACAUCACAGACAACGCAUGGAACGCAUUCUUGAAUUUCACCGGCUGCCAUGCUGGCAUGAAAGUCGACGGCCUUUACAAGAUUAAACAAUACUUCCAACAUUUCGGUUACAUCCCCCUAACUCUCCCCGGAAACUUCACCGACGACUUCGACGAUAUCCUCAAGAGUGCCGUCGAGAUGUACCAACGGAACUUCAAGCUAAACAUCACCGGAGAACUCGACGAGCUCACUCUUCAACACGUCGUGAUCCCGCGCUGCGGCGUUCCCGACGUCGUCAACGGCACCUCGACUAUGCUUAGCGGCGGUGGAAGAAGAAGGACCUACGAGGUCUCCUUUUCGGGGAGGAGCCAACGUUUCCACGCGGUCAAACGCUACUCUUUCUUCCCCGGAGAGCCGCGGUGGCCGGAGCGCCGGAGAAACCUAACCUACGCGUUCGAGCCACAAAACGCGUUGACCGAGGAGGUCAAGAGCGUGUUCUCACGCGCGUUCGUUCGCUGGGCGGAGGUGAUACCUCUGACUUUCAGGCGCGUCGAAAGCUUCUCAACCUCCGACAUCAGCAUCGGAUUCUACACCGGAGAACACGGCGACCGUGAACCGUUCGACGGCUUCAUGGGAACCUUAGCGCAUGCGUUCUCGCCGCCGAACGGACAUUUCCACCUUGACAGCGCCGAGAAUUGGAUAGUCUCCGGCGAAGGCGGCGACGGGUUUCUCACGGAGAGGGCGGCUGUCGAUCUUGAGUCGGUGGCUGUUCAUGAGAUAGGACAUCUUCUAGGGUUAGGACAUUCCUCGGUUCAAGACUCUAUCAUGUUUCCGACCAUCACGACAGGGAGGCGUAAGGUUGAUUUGCAUAGCGAUGACGUGGAAGGUGUUCAGUAUCUGUAUGGUUCGAAUCCUAACUUCAACGGGUCUAGAACUCCAACACCGGCCACCGAACAACGAGACACUGGCAGUGGUAACUCCGGUGCUGCUGGGAGGAUCGACGGUUCUAGUUCGGUUUUGACUAGUCUAUUGAUGUCGACCGUUGGAUUGUUGAUGUACAUUCUGUAGAUAAUUAAUCUCUUACAUGAUUUGACUAGAUAAUUAGUUUGCAUAUACGAUUAAUUAUUUAAAGGUUUUUUCAUUUUCAUAUAUAUAUUUUCUCUUACUUA